AUGCCCAAGUUACAUGAGGAGAUCACGGCCUUUGAAUGUUACCACCGCUAUAUGGACGACAUAUUUGUCGUGGCCGACCAGUCUGUUGAUCUUGACGCUGUUAUUGACCGCUUUAAUCGGGCCCACGGAUCAUUGCAGUUCACCUACGAAAAGGAAUUGAACGAUCAGUUGCCGUUUCUUGAUGUGCUGUUAACUAGAAGGGCAGACGGCUCGAUCCAACGGCAAGUCUACAGGAAGAAAACCUGGAGUGGCCAGUAUACGAACUUUCACAGUUUCGUUCCGUUGAGAUAUAAGCGAAACCUAAUUCGCUGUCUAACCACAAGGGCCCACAGGAUCUGUUCUGAAGACAAGUUGGAUAAUGAGUUGACGCUCAUUCAGAAUUUGCUGCGCGAAAACGGAUAUCCUGAUCGUUUCAUUUUGAGGAACAUGCAAAGUAAGCCCGACCAGUUACAGGUUCAGACAGCAGAGAAAAAAGAACUUUUCAUACGACUACCCUUCAAGGGAGACGCCGCUGCUGAACGUGUAACUAGAAGCCUUUCAACAGCUGUCAAGUCAACUUUUCCAGCAGCCAAACUUAGGUGUACCUUUUCCACGGAGCCACUCAUCCGUAUUUACAACAAAGACAAGUUACCGACGCUGACCGCUUCUAUGGUAAUUUAUCAGUUCAAGUGCGCUUGUGGCGCUACUUACAUCGGUCGAACGGCGCGGCAACUUUCGAAACGCAUUAAGGAGCACCUACCACGUUGGUUGCGUCGAGGUGGUACUGGAGCUAUAACUAGCUCAGUUAUGGCUCAUCUGGUUGAUAGUGGGCAUGAGGUUGACCCAGUCAAUGCCUUUCGAAUACUGUACAGGGUCCCUCCACUCCAGUCGAAAGGCCUGCGCCUCCGGACCCUUGCUACUGCCGAGGCGAUCAGCAUUCGGUUGUACCAACCUCUUUUGUGUGCACAAAAGAAGCUGAUCGAAGCUGUUCAGCUACCUUGGCCAGCCAAAACGGAUCCUUCGGACAGCAACUGCAAUUGUGCAACGGUACCUCAGACCUAG